AUGAAUUUUUUAAAUAAAAUAUUUAAUGGGGUUCAAAUUACACCAACAAUAACCGAAUUUAUAGAACCAACUAAAACUAUUCAAAAUAAAGCAAUUGGUGAAGAAAAAGAUGAAAAUGGUAAUGUUAAACCAAUUAGGGUAUUCAAAUAUGCAUCGGAUAUACAUUUAGAGAUGAGAGAUAGUUUAGAAAAAAUGAAAAAUUUGAAAGGGAUAUACCAAUUUGAAAAGAAACCAAAUCAUAGAUACUUUUUAGCAUUAGUUGGUGAUAUUGGUAGUCCGAUCAUUCACGAGAAUUUAUUAUUAGAAUUUUUAAAACUUUGUUCGAAUCAAUAUGAAAGAGUAUUUUAUGUUGCGGGUAAUCACGAAUAUUACAAUAGAACCGAUGUUUCCAUUCCAGAUAUAGUAUAUAAAAUUAGAGAGCUCAUUGCAGUUAAUAACCUUUCAAAUGUGCAUUUCUUAGAUAACCAAGUAUACCAAUUGGAUGAAUUCAAAAUCAUUGGCUCAACAUUAUGGUCAUAUGUCGACCAAGAUCACGAACCUGACGUUUCGAGAUGUUUGAAUGACUAUAGACUUAUCAGUGUACCGUUGGAGCAGAUGUGUGGCGAUGAAGGCUUACCAGAUUCAACUAGAAGAUUACUCGUCACAGAUACAAAUAGAUUUCAUAAAUGUGGUGUAAAUUUCAUAAAGUAUCAUAUUGGUAUUAGAGAUAAAUAUGGUCCUGCAGCAAAUCAAAACACUGGUAUUCCACAACCACCAUGCAUAGUUUUGACUCACCAUGCUCCACAAUUUAAUGAUCAAAAGAAUCAAACCUAUACAUCACAUCCAAAAUAUCUAAAAUCUGAUAGAAUCGGUCAAGCAUUUAGUACUGACCUUUCCGAUAUUAUAGCUCCACCAAUUUCUGUUUGGAUCUUUGGUCAUACUCAUUUCAAUACUGAAUAUAGUUAUAAUGGUGUAAAAAUUUUAGCAAAUCAACAUGGUUAUGAAUUUGGUGAAGAUAUUGAUGAAUGUAAAUUUAAUUCAAAUCGUUAUUUUAUAUUUUAA